AUGAAAUUUAACGGUAAAAUUUUCUCAUUAAAAUUAGUAUUAAACAUCAAUCAAGUAUUAUCGAGAAAUAUUCAAAUUAUUUCAAAUGUUCGUUAUAUAGAAGAAGAACUUAUUUAUUCGAACAAUAUUUAUUCAACAUUUCCUAAUUUAACUUUGGAUCUUACGUCAUCAUCUUACGGUAAUUUAACUCAAUGUAGACAAGAUGUAAAUCUUUUAACACGUGACUUUCUUACAUUGAAACGAUGGGCAUUAAAAACAAUGGAUGCUUGGGGAAAAGUACCUAGUGGAGUGUUAUUUGGUGAUUUGUAUUGGAUUGGAUCCUCAUAUGAGUGUAGCCAUCAUCUGUCUCAAUUUAAUAGAAGUAUAAUUGAACAACCAUUUUACACAAAACAAUGUAUUAUUGGAUUGCGUACAGAACUAAGUGGUGGAUAUUCACUGGCUAUGGCUCCAUUAUACGGUGUAUGUGUACCAGAAUCUUGUAAUUCAACGGAUGUAAUCGAACUCAUCAAUAAUCGACUUAUAAUUGUACCUACACGUUUUAAAUUAUCAAAUGAUAGUAUUCAUUGUAUUGAGAAACGAAGUCUCAGUCCAGUAGCUAUCUUGACAAUAAUAUUGCUUUGCUGUUUAUUUCUAUUAAUUCUUCUGGCAACAGGCAUGCAUAUUUUCUAUGGACGUCAUGUAAUUAAAAUUAAUCAACCACCAGUAAUAGAAACAUCAGCAACAGUGCAUACUGAUAUAGAAGAUGAAAAUUAUGAAGAAGAAAAUGAACGAUCAAUUAAUACAACAAAUCCGAAUGAAGUAACACCUUUAAUAAUUCGUCGUACAAAUCAUUCAUCUGUUGAUUCAGCUGCUCAAAAUUUAAUUGAAAGAUGUUCAUUGGUCAAUAAUUAUAAUGAUCUAUUACAUAAAACAUCACCAGCAAAUUUAGCUUGUUUGAAUGGCAUACGAGUUUUAUCCAUGUUUUGGAUCAUUCUUGGUCAUACAAUAUUAUUUGGCGCUUUUUAUUCAAUUGCAUGCGCCAAUCAUUCAAACAGCACUAGUUAUUUCGAAGAUGUUUAUAUUAAACCUUGGUGUCGUGUUGCACCUUAUGCUGUUGGAUUGAUAGUUGGAUACAUGCUAUAUACAAUGAAUCAACGUAAAAUAUCGUCUUGGGAUUUUUCUUCUGUUCAAUCGCGAUUAGUACAAGAAACAGAAAAACGAUAUCGUUCAAGGCAAAUUUUCUUAUGGAUUUUUGCAUUGGUUAUACUAUUAUUGUGCUUAUUCGGUACAUAUGGUGAUUAUGCACAUUCAACAUCUUUUAAACCAUUAACUAGAAGUGGACGUAUUAGUUUUUUGGUGUUAUCUCGUUUGGCAUGGGCCAUUGGCCUAUCAGUCCUCAUCCUGGCCUGUUUUACCGGCCAUGGAGGAAUAAUAGAUCGUUUUUUGAGUUGUUCAGUAAUUCAAAAAUUAUCAAAACUCACAUAUGGCGCUUAUUUGUGGCAUCCAUUAGUGAUUGCCGUUAGUAUUUUGGGACGAGAUUUACCACUACAUUACUCCGGUGCAAAUAUAGUAUGUAGAUAA